AUGGAUGAGAUGCUAAUUAGGGAAGAGGCUAAGUGGAGCUUGCUGUUGCAGAGCCCAGCACCAGCCAUGGGAAGAGCCACACAGCAAACCCUCACUGCUUUACUCUGCAUAGCAGCAGCAGUUUGCAUGGAUGAGGACAGCUGUCCAGAGGUUAAGAUUGUGGGUCUCAGUGGUUCUGACAAACUCGCUGUUCUCCAAGGAUGUCCUGGGAUGGUUGGAGCUGCAGGUGCCAAAGGAGAACCUGGAACUGCAGGAAUGAAAGGUGACAGAGGUGCUGAGGGGAUCCGUGGAAAGACAGGACCAGUUGGGAAGAAAGGAGAGAAAGGUGAUGUCGGCCUCCCUGGAUCACAAGGAAUCAAAGGAGAACCUGGAGCAUCAGCAAAAAUAGAAUUGAAGGCUCUGGAAGAUGCAGCUUGUAAAGAAGGACUGAGGAACUGCAAGGAACUGUUAGCCAAAGGGAAUGUUCUGAGCGGCUGGUACACCAUCUAUCCCAAAGGCUGCACUGCCAUGCGUGUGCUGUGUGACAUGGACACAGAUGGUGGAGGCUGGAUUGUCUUUCAGAGACGGGCAGAUGGUUCCGUUGACUUUUUCCGUAACUGGGAUGAGUACAAGAGGGGUUUUGGAAGCUUGCUGACAGAAUUCUGGCUGGGGAACGACAAUAUUCACCUAUUAACAUCUCUCGGAGCUAAUGAACUGCGCAUUGACCUCCGAGAUUUUGAAAAUAACCAUGUGUUUGCCAAGUACAAGUCAUUCAGAAUUUUAGACGAAAGUGAGAAAUACAAGUUGAUUCUAGGAGACUUUAUUAACAGCACUGCAGGUGAUUCAUUAGCAGUUCACAGGAACAAGUUCUUUACAACAAAAGACCUUGAUAAUGAUCCCGCUUCCAUUAAUUGUGCUACACUUUACAAGGUGGCCUGGUGGUACAGUAAGUGCCAUGACUCAAACCUCAAUGGGAGGUAUUGGCUGGGAGCCCAUAAUAGCACCGGAGAUGGUAUAAACUGGCACGCCAGCAGAGGCAACAAAUAUUCCUUCAAACUCUCAGAAAUGAAAUUUCGGCCUGUUUAUCAAUGA